CUCAUCAUCUAAUAAUUUCCUGAUCUGUUUUCCUUCUUUCCAAUAUAGAUUGCUUCAAUUUUCUAUUAAUGGAGUGGUCUCCUCAAUUUGCCAUGAAAGCUUACUUGCACAGUCUUCAACUGUCAAGGAGAGAAGACAACACUAGUUCAUAUGGAAGCACAAAACUCGUAGAACCCAAAUGCAUGGAGUUCAUAUCAGCUUUAGCAGCUGGGAAGCAAGCCAAGUUAAUGGUAGAAAUAACCACACAAGGGAUAACUCCAUUGACAAUCUCUCUAGCAGUAGCAGCAAAGCAAGCAGGAGGAAAACUCAUCUGCAUUCUUCCUCAUCAUCAUCAACAACAAAAUUUCAUCAACAAAUGCAGAAACCAUGAUCUGCAUCUUCCAGAUCUUGAAGAUCUGGAAGAUGUGAUUGAAUUUGUUCCAGGAGGAAACCCUUUCCAGGUAGCCAUGCAAUACAAGAAAAUAGAUUUUCUGGUUGUUGAUGGGAAAUUGGAGGGUCAUUUGAAGUUGCUUGAGAUGGUUGAUCUUAACCCUAGUGGGUGUCUUAUAGUAGGGCAUAAUUUGCAGUAUAGAGAAUAUGAAGUUUCUUUUGGUCAGGUUUUGAAUAGGAAGAAAGGAAUUGAUUGUGUUAGUUUGCCUAUUGGAGAAGGAAUGGAGUUGACUAGAAUUGAAUCUUUCACCAUGAGAAAGUGUAGGAGAUUUAAGAGAUUUCAUGUAAUUUUUGAGAAUUGAGAUAAUUAUUUUUAUUUGUAUUUUGAUUAUAUAGCAUGGAAAUAAUAUGUAAAUUUGAUACCUUGUGUUAGAAAACAUUUGGCUAAACCAUCAGCAAAUCUAUUUGACUCUCAAAAACAACGAGAGAGGUGAAUUUCCUAGACUCAAUUCAAGAGCUCUAUACUGCAGGAGCUAAUUCUUAAACCACAAGUUAUCCCUUUUGUUUUUUCACGCCAGCU